GAAUAGAGAAACCUUCAUUAUGACCAAGUUAACAAGAAGCAGCAACAAUUUUAACAACAUGAUCAGCUGCCAUUUAUUCUACACAUUGAGUCUCGGUCUGCUGCUGGCGAGUGGGACGCUCGUCCAGGCUCAGGAUGACUCUCUGGCGGGCAGUUUUCUGUCAGGCCUGCUAGAUACCAUCACUAGCACCGCGGAUGCCAAGGACUGUCCUGGUGUCUGUGUCCACACGCUGGCCACGCUCAUCUGCUAUGAGGUGCUCAACGAUGUGCCUUGUCCCUCGCCCAGCAUGAAGUGCUGCAUCGAGAGUGCUCCAGGUAAAAAUGCCACCUCCUUGCGUACACCGGCAUCAACCACACCGAAGAUUACCACAACAACGACCAGAGCCACCACACCGAGGAGCACCACUACCGUAGCGAGCACCACCAGACGCACUACUACAACCUCCACCACGCCCAAGCCCAAGCCAAAGCCACAGCCGAAACGUCCACCUGCAACCACCGCAGCACCUGUGACCAGCACCACCAAAAAGUCCGCCGCCACCACCAAGAAGUCCACCACGAGCAAACCCAAGGACAAGGAUGAUCAGAGCAAAGCAGAGGAUGAUAACAAGAAUUGCACUGGCGUCUGUGUGGCGGAUCGCAUUGCGGAAUAUUGUGAGGCGUAUUUGACGAGCGGAGGACUCUGCAAGGAGGGCACCAAGUGCUGUGUCUCCCUGGACGAGUAUGCCAAUGGCAAGCUGCCCAAGGACAUCUAUAUACCAGCCAAGCACAUGGGCAAUCUGAAGAGCAAUCAGACGCUGGUCAAGUCCACGGCCAAUAAGGCGAGUAGCAGCAGCACCACCAGCAGCACCACUAGCACCACUACGACUAGCACCACACCAGAGCCGGCACGCACCAAAACCAACAGCAACAACAACAACUCACAGAAGCCCACAAAGCACAAGAAGACGACAACGACAACAACAACAACGACAACGGAAGCUGCUGCCGAGGAGGAGGACGAAGAGGAGGAGGAAGAUGAGGAGCAGGAAGAGAGCAACAACCAGAACAACAACAAGCUGAAGUCUGGCCAAGGUCAGGGACAGGGCCAGGGACCGGAGCUGAAGGAGUGCGAGGGCGAGUGCAUGAACGGAAUCUUUGCCAUUUUCUGUGAUGACAUCGACUCGGAAGCCUUUUGUCCUGGCGAGGGCAGCUGUUGUGUCACCAGCAGCGCCUCCGAGGCCGCACCACCCGCCAAGUCACCGGCAAGCAGCAAACCAGCCACAAAGAUUGCCGCCAAGCCGGCAACGAAACCAGCGCGUCCGGUGACUUCAGCACCACCGCCACCACCAGCAUCCUCGGGCGGAGGAGGCGGUGGAGAUUUUCUUUCACAGAUUAUAUCGUUUGCGGAGAAUACGUUGAAUUCACCGGCACAAACGGCACCACCACCGCAAGCGCCACCACAGGUGCCACGUUGUCCGGGCUUCUGUCUGCUGAACAUCAUGGCCGCCUUCUGUGAGCGUCCCUCGAUUCUGGUUUCGCAUCCAACCACCUGCUCCAAGGGUUCCGUCUGCUGUGAUAACUCCAGGGCGGGUGCACCCAAGCCAAAGUUGCCGCCACCGACGCCACCACCCACACCACCACCGACGGCACCACCUUAUGUGCUGCCCAACACACCAAGUCCCGAUCCACGCGAGGAAUGUCCCGGCUCCUGCAUUGUCAGUCUGCUUAGCUUCACCUGCUUCAAAAAUGCCGAAAUGACGGAUUUGUUUAGAUGCAAGCGUUCGGGACAGAUCUGUUGUGCUCCCAAGAGCAAGAUCCUGGAAAAGCAACAGUUCCAAACCCGCAAUGACACCUCCUACUUCAAUUAUCCACCCAUGGGACCACCUCCUCCGCCGUAUGCCACCCAACCACAGCAGGCACCACCGCCGCCAUAUCCACCCACCUCGUACAUGUCGAAUCAGCCGGCCGCACCACCACCACCACAGCACCACACGCAUCAAUAUCCACCAGCUCCACCCAGCUAUGCGGAUUACUAUGGACCCGGACCUGGACCACAGCCAGGUUUGCUGCCAGCCACAGUGCCAACGACAACGACGAGCACCACCACAACCACACCACGUCCACAUGUCUACUCCAAGUACGUGUGUGGUGUGAAGGGAACUCUACGCACUGGACGCUCCAGCAGCUCCCCUGCCCUCUCCCUGGUGUCCUAUGCCCGUGCCAAGUACGGAGUCCAGCGCUCGGCGAGACAGUUGACCAUGUCGUAUGCCAGCAGCAGCAGCAGCCUCAACAAAUCCAACGAGCGUCUGGUGCUCGGCUCCGCCAUUGUGCCCAUCCAGAUCCACAACGAUAAGCUGGGCGAUCUGGUGGACUCCAGCGGUGUGCAGAGCAAUCAAUUGAGAUCCUAUGAAGAGCAGCCCGAGCAGACAGCAGUCGUCUAUCCGGACUACUAUCGCGGUGGUGCUGUCUACACCAAUCCCAGCAAUCACAGCAGCCGACGCAGAGCUCGCGUGGUCGGAGGAGAGGAUGGAGAGAACGGCGAGUGGUGCUGGCAGGUGGCAUUGAUCAACUCCCUGAACCAGUAUCUGUGUGGUGCCGCUCUCAUUGGCACCCAGUGGGUCCUAACUGCAGCACAUUGUGUCACCAACAUUGUGCGUUCCGGCGAUGCCAUCUAUGUGCGCGUUGGAGACUACGAUCUGACCCGCAAGUACGGCAGUCCCGGAGCACAGACACUUCGUGUAGCCACCACUUACAUCCACCACAACCACAACAGUCAGACCCUGGACAAUGAUAUUGCGCUGCUCAAGCUGCACGGCCAGGCGGAGUUGAGGGAUGGCGUCUGUCUGGUUUGUCUCCCAGCACGUGGAGUCAGUCAUACGGCGGGAAAACGUUGCACGGUCACCGGUUACGGCUACAUGGGCGAGGCUGGUCCCAUUCCUUUGCGUGUGCGUGAAGCGGAAAUUCCCAUUGUCAGUGAUACGGAGUGUAUACGCAAGGUGAAUGCCGUCACGGAGAAGAUCUUCAUAUUGCCCGCCUCCAGUUUCUGUGCAGGCGGCGAGGAGGGACACGAUGCCUGUCAAGGUGAUGGCGGCGGUCCAUUGGUCUGCCAGGAUGAUGGCUUCUUCGAGCUGGCCGGUCUCGUUUCCUGGGGCUUUGGUUGCGGACGCGUCGAUGUGCCUGGUGUCUAUGUGAAGGUGUCCUCCUUCAUCGGUUGGAUCAAUCAGAUAAUUAGCGUCAAUAAUUUAUAGUGGACGAGCCAAGCUGGAACCCCGCACUUGUAGGGAUUUCCUCUGACUGGGGGGAAUCUUCUACGACUGAUGUUUGGGUUCCAAAUGCUGCGACUGUUAACGUAAAAACCCAAUCCUAGUGUAAUCUAUUCAUACAUAAAUCACAUCUACUAACACCAAAACACCAUUCAAAAUCCCCUAACUAUAAUGAAAGUAUUCUCAAGCCCCUUCUUAUAAUUACUAUGCUUAUUCGUAAUAAAAAAAAAAUCUAUUGUAAA